ACUUUCACGGCAACAAUGUCGUCGCUCUACACUCGCAGAAUGACGCAGCGACAACUCUGGUUCUACGACAGAGUCAUAAGGGCGAGCGGAAUGCUCGAUCUGAAGGAAAGGCAGGUUGGCGACGCAGACGUGCGAGCCAUUGCCGACGGGCUCAGAGAGAACGCCAUGCUGAUGUGGCUCGUUCUGGACUGCAACCAGAUUGGCGACGAGGGAGCUCAGACGAUUGCACAGGUACUCGAAGCGAACGAGACGCUGCUGAGCAUACUCCGGUUGGAGCAAAAUCAGAUUGGCGCGGCUGGAGCCCUUGCACUUGGUGAAGCACUCGAAGUGAACACGUCACUGACGAGGCUCGAACUGUUCGACAAUCAAAUUGGCGAUGUUGGAGCAGAAGCCAUUGCUGAGGCACUCACCGUAAACCAGACACUGACUUGUCUCACCUUGGGGAAGAACAAGAUAGGCAUUGUCGGGGCGCAAGCGAUUGCCUCGGCACUUGAACUGAACACGACGGUGGCGGAGCUCCAUCUGCAAUUCAAUCAGCUUGGCAAUGCCGGAGCAAAAGUGCUUGCUGAGGCACUCAAAGUGAACGCCUCCCUGACUGAACUCAAUUUGUGUGACAACCAGAUUGGUGAUGUUGGAGCGCAGGCGAUUGCAGAAGCGCUCACAGUCAACACGACACUCGAUAAUCUCAACCUCCCAGAUAAUUGGAUUAGCGAGGCUGGUGUUCAGAUGAUUGAGCAAGCACGCACAGUCAACAACAAGACGGAUGUUUUCAUGGACGACCAGAUAAACCCUCUUGCAUUUUCCUUGUAUGUACGACUGGCAACUGCUGAAGACAUUCAGGCCGUGCUUCGCUUGCUGACCCGCGGAGCGGAGCUGGAGGAUGACUUGGAGGAUGACUUGGAGGAUGACUUGGCGCCUCUCCGAGCACUCCCAGCACUCCCAGCCAACAUCACCGAGCGCAUUAUGGACGAAGCGCAUUACUGGCAAGGCAUCCAUUGCUCCCAGCGCCAGCAAUUCAAUGAAGACCGGCGUGUCCGUGCGCUGAAAGUCACCGUGCCUUGGAUGAUCGAUGGAGGUUCCAUCCGAGUGAAGGCAAUUCAAGUGCUUCGUGAAAAGAACAAGUUCCGGACGGCACGUUCUGGCAGCGCCGAUGACAACGGGCUGACCUUGAUUGUUGAAGACGAGUAUGGAGCUCUUCGACAUGAAGUUGUUGUACCGUCCACUUUCGUCGAUUCCGUCACUGAGCUUGUGACGCUUUUUCCGGCGAGCCAUCCCAGCCUCCAAGAACUGCACGCGGGUUGGCAAGUUCGAGUUCGACCGAGAAAGUCCGACCGAGAUGCGCCAUUCCGAUCGCUCUAUAUCGGAUAUACCUAACGACAAUCAUCGUUGUUCAGGGAAGGCGUUGCUCUCAAUUUUGCAUGACUGGAUGGAAACACAGACAAAUGUCUCAAGAGAAACGGCUCAAAUGCAAUUUGGUGUUUGUCAAACAGGCCCAAAUCUUAAAAUACAAUCUUUGCCCCCCCC